AUUAUUUAUUUAUUAUACAGAAAAACAUAUAAUAAAUUUUCACCCCAAUUGUUGUCGAAACAUCCAUGUCGUCGGAGUAAAACUUUUUUCGUUUUUUUGUUUCAUCUUUUGAUAGAACGAAGUUCUGAUUCGGUUUGUGUUGAAUAUCCGGAAGUCAGAGACAAAAGACAGUUCAUGCUUGCAACAGAAUGGGUGAAUACGUUUUGCCAAAAGUGAAGGCUAAAUAUGCGUACCAACGACAGAAUGAAGACGAACUAACUUUUGGAAAGGGCUCAAUCAUUCAGCUUACAUCAAAGACAGAAGGUGGAUGGUGGGAGGGAAAAUACAAUGGAAAAAUUGGUUGGUUCCCCAGCAACUAUGUGAAGGAAAUUAGAGGUUCAAAGAAAAGUGACUCUGCUGAUAGGUCGGCAAGUCCUGGUAACUCACAGAAACCAGCUCAGAAGAAAGAAGAUAUUGCAAAAGCACUAGAAACAAAACAAGCAUUUUACCAACAGGUCCUGCAGAAUUUCCUUGAAACAGAGUGGGCUCAUGUCAAAGAAAUACAGAAUCUGCUUACCAGUUAUUUAAGACCAUUGACCCAAUCAAGUGGAAAUGAGUUUCUAUCCAAACCUAACUCAACCACACUGGCGGGGAACCUGGAAAAGAUCUUUGAAUGUCAGACCAAGUUCGUACGUGAGAUAGAAGAUUGUUCAAAACUGCCAUGUAUUCAACAAAAUGUUGGCCAGUGUUUUGAGAAGUAUGGAGAUAAGUUGGAUCCUCUGUAUAAUGAAUAUUGUGCCAACCAUCCUUCCGCUGUACAAGUUAUUCUUAAUCAUAAAGAAUCCUUACAAAGGUAUAUGGAAAGCAAGAAUCCCAGUGGUCCUGGUGUCAUGUUUAUAACCAGUGGCCUCAGCAAACCAUUUAAAAGAUUGGAACAAUACCCAAAUAUUCUAAGAGAAUUGGAACGCCAUAUAAUUGAAAAUCAUCCAGACAAGUCCCACCUUUCAGCUGCAUUGCAUCAGUAUGAGAAAAUAUCAAUCAUAUGCCAAGACACAUGGAAGCGUAAAGAAACUGAACAGCAUAUACUAAACAGCCAGAUACAAGGGUGGGAGGGAGAGUCUCUCACACACCUUGGUCAAGUUCUGUUUCUAUCAUCAGCAACUUGUCUAAUUGGAAAUGAUGAACGGAAAGAGAGACACUUGCUUCUAUUUUCGAGCGCGCUGCUAAUUUUGUCUGCGUCACAGCGACUCAGCGGCUUCCGUUACGAAGGGAAACUACCACUGACCGCGUUACAAGCAAAGAAGUUAGAUGACUGCUCAUCUUAUCAACAUGCAUUUGAAAUAACAGGAAACCUCAUAGAAAGGAUUGUCGUAAUCACAAAGUCAGCAGAUGAGCAACGACGUUGGGUGCAAACACUUGAGAAUCAAUGUGAGAAAUACAGAAGAACCUCGCUAGCCCCCGUUGCCCCGCUAACUGCUCCCUCACCCAUAGUUAAGCAGGCACCUGUCACACAAAUACCCCCUCCACCUAAGCAUGCUGUUCCAUAUGGUUCCCGAUCUUCACCAGGUUACACACAACCACGUUCAGGUACAAACCGUCAACUAGAGCUCAUUCAACACAUCUCACCCACUGUAUCUCCCCCACCCUUCCCACACACUGGUGUUUCAGAUGCAAACAGCACUUUUGGUGAGAAAACCUGGUGUCAGAUGUGUUUACGACCAUCUGCCCCAUGCAGACAUCUCACUGUUUCUAAUGGUAAAGAACAUUCAAAUGUGGAGCGAAGCAGAAGUCCAAAGUUAACGCGGAAAAAAAAGAAAGAUAAGAAAGCGGAGAGGAAACACAGUGAGCAGGAGGAUAAUCUUGCUCCUCCAGAGAAAAUACUUCCUGAUAAAGGCCGGCCAGAAGAUGAGAGAGAAAUCCUUCUUGUCCUCGACGCAUACUGCACGCCCACACUCGCCAGAAAUAACGUUCACUCUUUCAUUACCAACACACAANNNCGCAGCAGACAUACCUCAAUCUUAGAAGAAAAAAUUAUCAUAGAAAAUCCAGACAAUGACGCUCUUAUUGAGGAGAAAAGCCUGGUUGAUACUGUAUAUGAAUUACGGGAUCAAGUUAACUCAUUGAAGCAGGAGCAAAAACGGAUGAAGCAGACUAUGGAAGAUGAAACAAGAGCGAGGAAAAAGUUAGAAACUCUCAUCCGAAGAGCUGCAAGGGAGUCUGGUGUUAUAGAUUCUGGGUCAAGACCUUCUUCACUAAAAGAACACAAGAAAUCAUUUCUGGGUAACUGACAUGGCAAGCAGAAGAGUAAAUAUAUUAGAAUGCCUAAACUACCUUUAUCAUAAGUAUUACUAGCCUAUGAGUUUCAAAAAUAGUAAGUUUCGUUUAAGUUAUAUAUUAUAUGAGUAGUAAAAGUAUAUCAUUGUACUCCAUAUAUGUUGUAUAUAGUUCUCUUUAUGCAGUACUGUAGCUUGAAAGUAUUACAUUAACUUAUGUUGCUGCCAAGAAAAUUUCUAUUGCCGCUUUCUACCAGAAAUGUAUUUCGCUGUGCAAUGAAUUUAUUAUGACCAUUCAAAGUGCGAAACACAAAUGUUUUAGCAAAGUACAAAUAAAAAUUUAUAAAAAGAUUAUCGAGAGUCCAGCAAUGCUUGCAGUUCCGCCUUUUCUCGUUCUAUUUCAAUUCUUUGUUGAUAUCGCAUAUUCAAGUCUUCUUCAGUGUACUGUGGUAAAAAUUAAAACAAUUUUAAAGCUUUUGUAAAGAUUUUUCAUGAAUAAAAUGCACCUAUUGACCAA